GGCAACAGCAGCGGCAGCCGCGCAGCCCCGCGGAAUGGAGCGGCGCCGGGGCUGAGCCGGGCGCGCACGGGCCGCCGCAUGUGCCGCGCGGGGAGCGGCUGCGGAGCGCGCGGGGAACGAGCGCCAGAGGGCCCGUCGGAGCGGCCGCCGGAGCAGCGCCGGAGAUGGGAGAACAGCCCAUCUUCACUACGCGGGCGCAUGUCUUCCAGAUUGACCCCAGCACCAAGAAGAACUGGGUACCUGCUAGCAAGCAGGCAGUCACCGUUUCCUACUUCUACGAUGUCACCAGGAAUAGCUAUCGCAUCAUCAGCGUGGAUGGAGCCAAGGUGAUUAUAAACAGCACCAUCACACCCAAUAUGACCUUCACCAAGACGUCGCAGAAGUUUGGGCAGUGGGCUGACAGCAGAGCCAACACGGUGUUUGGCCUGGGGUUCUCCUCGGAGCAGCAGCUGACAAAGUUUGCAGAGAAAUUUCAGGAGGUGAAAGAAGCUGCCAAACUAGCCAGAGACAAGUCCCAGGAGAAAAUUGAGACCUCGAGCAAUCAUUCCCAGGUGUCCAGUGUCAACGGGACAGACGAUGAAAAGGCCUCUCAUGUGGGUCCUGCUGACGCACACCUCAAGUCUGAGAAUGACAAGCUGAAGAUCGCCUUGACACAGAGUGCCGCCAAUGUGAAGAAAUGGGAGAUGGAACUGCAGACCCUGCGGGAGAGCAACGCCCGGCUGACCACGGCGCUGCAGGAGUCGGCCGCCAGCGUGGAGCAGUGGAAGAGGCAGUUCUCCAUCUGCCGCGAUGAGAACGACCGGCUCCGGAACAAGAUUGACGAGCUGGAGGAGCAGUGCAGCGAGAUAACCAGAGAGAAGGAGAGGAACACGCAGCUCAAGAGGAGAAUCGAGGAGCUGGAGUCAGAACUACAGGAGAAAGAGACAGAGUUGAAAGACCUCCGCCAACAAAGUGAAAUCAUACCUCAGCUCGUGUCAGAGUGUGAAUACGUCUCUGAGAAGUUAGAGGCGGCAGAGAGAGACAAUCAGAACCUGGAGGAGAAGGUGCGUUCCCUCAAGACGGACAUUGAGGAGAAGCCUUGUGAAAAGUGGUCCCCCAGGCCACACAGACCCCUGGUGCACCUGGCAGGAGGCCAGACUGUGGGACAUUUUGGCAGAUGAUUGACAGGUCUGAUGAUAUGCAGCUGUGGGGAAUGUGUUACUGUUUUUACCCUCUUGUACCGCUUUGAAUAUAAAGUCCUGACUUCAAAUAAAUUGUUGUAGCAAUGUCUUGUGAUAUAAUAGCCC